CUUUUCCUUCUGAGUUUUUAUCAUGGAGAUUCAAUACUUUUUGCCACUACACUAUUAAGUAAAAUAUAAAAUAAUGGGUACAAUUUAGCACUACACCAACUGCAACACUAAAAAAUUCACCGCAAAGUGCGCAUUUCCAUAGACCUUUCUGAGCGUUUUCAACUCUGAUUCGUUCUAGGGAAUCGGUUCCUUCGGACAGGUCGAUUCGAAUAAACGGCUAAAACUGUUGUACAAUGAAUAACGUGUCCAGAAUUUCAGACGUACUUAUUUAACUAGUAAUAACAUUAUUGUCUGUCAUAAAAAGUCUGUUUAGUCACAAGCAACGUCACCCCGCUCAAACUUUUCCAACGCUUUGCGAAUCGGUUCGACUGAAUUACCUAUUCGUUCACAAAAUGGGGGCGGGCCUCGUCGUUCUCACGGUUGACGGAACAGCGGACGAGUCACACAAUCCAAAAGAAACCGCCGUGAAACGUCAAAAUAACAGAAAAACAUCGGCUUGACAAUGGAUUUUGAUGAAGAUAAAGGUGAAGGUUCAGUACCAGAGACCUCAACCAGUAAAAUGACAAGACAACAGAUUUUAACACUUAUUGCUAUGGCUUCCAUAAACUUCAGCUCAAUGAUCUGCUACUCCAUCCUGGGUCCAUUUUUCCCAAACGAGGCAAAGAAGAAAGGUGUCAGUCAAGCCAUGAUAGGAUUCAUAUUUGGCAUCUAUGCAUUAUGCACUUUGGUGGGAUCAUUGGUCCUUGGUAAAUAUAUUGUCCAAAUAGGAGCCAAGUUUAUGAUCGUUGCAGGGUUGUUUGUAUCUAGUGGAUGUACUGUACUGUUUGGGUUUCUCGAUCAAGUUGCAGAUGGGAGAAUCUUCAUAGGUCUCUGUUUAAUCACGCGCUGCAUAAACGCCGUCGGCUUUGCUGCUGCAGUCACAGCAUCUUUUGCCGUUUCAGCUAAAGUCUUUCCAGACAACAUAGCAACUGUUUUGGGUUUUAUGGAGAUUUUUACAGGGCUUGGCCUCAUAUUAGGACCUCCGAUAGGCGGUUGGCUGUAUCAGUCGUUCGGAUAUGAAAUCCCGUUUGUUUUCACAGGAUGUCUUCUGUUUGCCGCAGUGCCUCUCAAUAUGUGGAUUUUGCCGAGUUUUGAUGCGGUUCCUUCCCAGGAUUCCUUCUUCAGAUUGUGUACAAGAAUAAAGAUACUUCUCAUUUGUUUCGUGGUCUUCACUGUGAGUUCAGGAAUUGGUUUCCUGGAUGCAACUCUGUCCAUAUUUGCUAUAGAAAAGUUUAAUAUGAGUGCUGGAAGAGUUGGGUUGCUUAUGAUCGGACUGUCAUUGCCGUAUGGGGCCGCAUCACCCGCUUUCGGUAUAAUUAGCGAUAAAUAUCCAUCAUUCAGAAAAUGGAUGAUGGUGAUUGGAGGAAUGGCCACGUCUGUCAGCUUCUGUUUACUCGGACCGCUUCCGGUUUUCCAUGUUGAAAGUCACCUCUGGCUCACCGUCCUCAUGUUGGUUGUGGUGGGCUUUUCCGUGUGCAUGACCUGUAUCCCCACCUACGCUGAGAUGAUCGUUUGUGCACAUGAAUAUGGCUUUGAGGAAGGCUUGAGCACGCUGGGUCUUGUAUCUGGAUUGUUUUCAGCCGUAUGGUCUGCUGGGAUGUUCUUUGGCCCGACCGUUGGAGGUUACGUCACACAAGCGCUGAACUUUGAAUGGAGUGCAGGGGUUCAAGGUGGACUCGCCUUUCUCGCUGCACUCUUUCAAGUUAUAUAUUUCACAAUUAAAGAAAUACAAAAGAAUAAAUUGCAAAAGGCACAAACGACAGUAUCUGAAGGAGAAAAAUCUCCUCUUCUUUCAAGGACAGAUGCUCUCAGUGUUGACAUCAGUUGAAAUGAGCCGCUUCAAGAGCAAAAACAAACUUUAUCAUAAUGAUGGGAAACCAGUUUAACAUCAAAGGUUGUGGACCUUCAACGUAACCUGGACCAAAUUCCUAACGAUUGAAUCAUGACAUAGUAGUCGUGUGAACAUUUACAAAGUAAAUGUUGUGUGUGUGUGUAUUAAAGUAUAAUGUAACCCUUUAAAGGUGCAGUGUGUAACUUUUAGAAGGAUCUCUUGACAGAAAUGCAAUAUAUAGAACUAUUAUAUCAGUGGUGUAUAAAGUCCUUACAAAAUAAAUUAUUGUUUUUAUUACCUUAAACUGAGCCGAUUUUAUCUACAAAAACCGCUGGUCCCACUACAUGAAAGUCGCCAUUUUGUGCCGCCAUGUUUCUACAGUAGCCAUAAACGGUUAAACUGCUCUACAAAGCGCGUUUUGUCACUAAAUCCUUUUAGACGAUGACGUGUUUGUCCUGUACCGGCUACUGUAGCUUCUCUAUGCGUUUCGAAAGGGAGGGGUGAGCUGUGGACUGAGCCGUUGGUUGCAAUUCACAAUCUCACCACUAGAUGCGGCUAAAAUCUACACACUGGACCUUUAUUGUUCACAAUGGUACUAUAAUAAUAGGCUUGUUCGACGUACGAUUCGAGAAACCAUACGUCUAAUUUCGAUUCACUCUUUGACGUCAUCCGCCAGUCGUUUCUUGCUGCGCUGCAUGAAGUCAAACACACCUAAUGACUUUCCUCCAAACAGAUCCAGGUCAUUAAAGCGAGUCUUGUGCUCUCUGACUGACCUGUUAUCACGGCUAGGUGAGUUUUUACAGCCAUCUUGCAUUAUUAAUGCUGCUUAAAAUGUUCAUCAUGACAGCAGAGGCGAAGGAAUUUUUACACACUGUAGACAAAAAGUGAUUGUACGUUUUGCUCGAUUGUUGUGUUGAGCUUUAACAUAAUCUGUAAAGAUAUUUAGUACACUAAUAUUUUAAGCAAAUUUAAACCCAUUUAUUCCUCAAGGGUACUUUGUGCUUUAUCAGUCCUUAAAUACAGUGUGUUUCGGAUACAAUAGAGCGUUGUUUUAAAGGUUUAAGGCUUCAAAAACUUUGAAAAGAGGAUUUAUUUGUUACUUAGCAUGGAUUAGUCGUCUAGCUGUAGUUUAUGAACCCUAUUUCAACUGUUUUUAUAGAUUUGAAUGUUAUUUGCAGAAAUAAUAAAGGUGGGAAACAACUGAUUUUUU